UGAAUGAGAUUGAAGAAGAGUUCUUGUUUUGUAUCUCAGUUUCUCUCUUUUUUAGACAAAAUUUUAAAAAAAUCAAAUCGAACAAAAAUGCAGUUAUAACUCAAUGGAGGGAAUUUAAACCCUUUCUGCUAAAAUUUGCUAUCCGCGUAAGGAUACGGCAGAUAGAGACUGGAGUGUUUGUAAAUAUUUAUUUAAAUAAUUUGUGUGUGAGGAGAGAAGCUGCUGACUGUGUGCAGAGUGAAAGAGGGGGGGGGCUGGAGCGAGAAGAGACCGGUUUCUGCAGCCAGGCGGCCGAAAGCUCCCCAGGACUGAGAUUCAGAGAGAAGAGAUUAAUGAUGGAGCUUCAGACUUUACAGGAGGCACUGAAAGUGGAAAUACAAGUCCAUCAGAAACUAGUUGCCCAGAUGAAGCAGGAUCCACAGAACGCAGAGUUGAAAAAGCAGCUGCACGAACUCCAAGCCAAGAUCACCGCUUUGAGUGAAAAACAGAAAAAAGUGGUGGAGCAGUUAAGAAAGGACUUGAUGGUGAAGCAGGAAAAGCCGGAUAUCAAACUUCAAACUCGGUCCGAAAAUAAACUUUCAGCACAGGAGCAGCAACAGUCAGACAAAGCUGCAACGCAACAGUCACAAACCCUUCCAACACAGAACCUGACUGCUCAGCAGAAGACGAUGACUGUGAGUCCUGUCAUUGCCACGAAGACUCUACCUCUAAUGCUAAAAGCUGCCACCACAACCAUGCCUGCUUCCAUUGUGGCACAGAGGCCUGCUGUUGCUAUGGUAACCGCCAUCAGUAGCACACAGAAAACAGUCGUGAAUUCCGACUCUCAAAAUUCACCAGUCAAACUGACCAGUCAGGGAGCAGACACCGUACGGAUAGUGGCGAAAAAUGCAGUCACUUUAGUUCAGGCUACAACUACUGCUCAGCCUAUCAAAGUUCCUCAGUUUAUCCCUCCUCCCAGACUGACACCUCGACCCAACUUUCUGCCACAGGUGCGACCCAAACCCACCACGCCCAACAAUGUCCCCAUCGCGCCAGCUCCACCGCCCAUGUUAGCGGCUCCCCAGCUCCUUCAGCGGCCUGUGAUGCUAACCACAAAACUGACCACCACGUCUCUGCCUUCGGCCACGGGCUCCAUUCACCAGGUGCGGAUAUUGAACGGUCAGCCCUGUGCCACCAUUGCAAAAACGCUUCCAACCGGCCAGCUGACUGGCAUAGUCAUCACAACACCCGGAACCAGGAUAGCAGGGCCACAGGCUCUCCAGCUCGGCAAAGCCAACACUGAAACGAAGUCUGUUAAAGCUCAGGGUGGGACAGAAGAGAAGCAAUCUCUGAAUGUCCCUUCAACUCCCCCGCCUGCCCCCAAGCCCAAACGCGAGGAGAACCCACAGAAACUUGCCUUCAUGGUGUCUCUAGGUUUGGUUACACACGAUCAUCUUGAAGAAAUCCAGAGCAGGAGACAAGAGCGGAAACGAAGGACCACUGCUAACCCAGUGUACAGUGGAGCAGUGUUUGAGCCUGAGAGAAAGAAGAGUGCUGUAACUUAUCUGAACAGUCCAAUGCAUCCUGGCACAAGGAAAAGAGGUCGCCCUCCCAAAUACAACACAGUGUUGGAGCUGGGGUCCCUCACCCCCACCUCCCCUCCUUCCAGCCAGCUUGCCUCCCCAGGCCCUGAAAAGACAGAGAUUGGGGGCUUUCAUUUCCCAACGCCGGCUCAGUUAUUACCUCUGCCUAGCCCCAGCUCUGGGGAUGGAGACAUCCACGAGGAUUUCUGUACUGUGUGCAGGCGCAGUGGGCAGUUGCUCAUGUGUGACACGUGUUCACGCGUGUACCAUCUGGACUGCCUGGACCCACCAUUGAAAACCAUUCCUAAAGGCAUGUGGAUUUGUCCCAAAUGUCAAGACCAGAUUUUGAAGAAAGAAGAAGCAAUCCCGUGGCCAGGAACACUGGCUAUUGUUCAUUCCUAUAUUGCAUAUAAAGCAGCAAAAGAAGAGGAGAAGCAGAAAUUAAUGAAGUGGAGUGCAGAGUUGAAACAGGAGCGGGAACAGCUGGAACAGCGAGUUAAACAGCUGAGCAACUCAAUAACAAAAUGCAUGGAGACCAAGAACACGAUUUUAGCAAGACAAAAAGACAUGCAGUCUUCAUUGGAAAAGGUGAAGCGACUCAUCCGCCUCAUUCAAGGCAUUGACUUUGCGAAAUCCAUCGACACGAACGCAGAGGGCGUCUCAAACGGUACAGACUGUGUCAACAACAAAAACAACAACAGCAAAACCUCAGAACCCUCCCCGACCCCUGCAGUGAACUGUAACAGCUCUGAAGACAUGAAAUAACCCCACAGCAACGCAAAGGAGCCAGAUCCUUGCUGAACGCUCAGAGUACCCACUCGCACCCGGAGGUGC